GAGGAUGGGAGAGGCUCUAGCAGUGGAUCACCGAUCCACGGAAAGAGCCGAAGAUGUCGGCUCGGUCAUAUGAUCAGCUGUGUCCAAUCACAGCUGAUCACAUCAGCGCCACCUGUCAGUGUCCAUCAGUGCCAGCUCUCAGUGCUCAUCCAUGCCACCUGCCAGUGCCCAUCAGUGCCACAUUUCAGUGCCCAUCAAUGCCACAUAUCAGUGCCCAUCUGAGCUGCCUUUCAGUGUCACCCAUCAGUGCCAGUCAGUGCCACCUAUCAAUGCCAAUCAGUGCCACCUAUCAGUGCCAGUCAGUGCCGCCUAACAGUGAGCAUCAGUGCCCGUCAGUGCCACCUAUCAGUGCCGCCUAUCAGUGCUAGUUAGUGUGACCUAUCAGUGCCGCCUAUCAGUGCCAUAUAU